GGCUGCGGCUAAACCCCGAAACCGAAACCCCUCUCCUGAUCCUCUCUGCGAUCUCGAGCACCACCGAGUCCUGCAAAAAUGGCCAUCUCUGCCGUCGGCGCCCGAUCUAGGGUCAUAGCCCGCGCCGUCUCCUCCUCCCUCCUCGGCCGCAGCGCCAGCGCCCUCCUCCCGACCUCCCGCCGCGCUUCCUGCAUCAACAGGUUGCCUCUGGUGUCCGGGACGUUGCUCUCCGCGCUGCCGCUCCACAGCGCCAUCGCGUCCGCGCGGUUACGGUCGGCCAUCGCGCCCGAGUCCCAGAGUUGGGGUUUGAUCCCCCAAGGUAACUCCAUGCCUUUAUGAGAGCACCGUUUCAUUUAUGUUGUAACGGUCUGAACAAUUCAGCAACCUUUUGAAUUUUUCCUGUGUUAGUUCUACAAUCAAAACUGUGAUUGAGCUUACAAGAAGCUGUCUUGCCAUGAUGUGAACAGUUCAAUGGAUAAAAAAAAUCUGCGGGUUAUGUUUUGUGCUAUACUGGAGUGGAGUAUGUAAUUUUGCUCUCGCGUGGUAUGAGUAUUUACUGAUCAUGCUUGGAUAUUCAUCCCGUAUAACAUGUUCUUUGUGAAUCGUU